CCGGGAGAUCAAGGACUUCAUCCGGCCCAAGCUGGUGACGGUGGUGAGGAGCGGCGUGAAGCCGCGCAAGGCCGUGAGGGUGCUGCUCAACAAGAAGACGGCGCACUCGUACGAGCAGGUGCUCACCGACAUCACGGACGCCAUCAAGCUGGACUCGGGCGUGGUGAAGAAGAUCUACACCCAGGAGGGCAAGCAGGUCACAUGUCUGCAGGACUUCUUCGGCGAUGAGGACAUCUUCGUGGCGUGCGGACCGGAGAAGUUCCGGUACCAGGACGACUUCAUGCUGGACGAGAGCGAGUGCCGCGUCAUGAAGCCGGUGACCUACGGGAAGAUAACGGCCGUGCUGGGCCGAGGUCCCCGGUCGCUCCCACCGCGCAGCAAGUCCCCCGUCUCCGUGAAUGGGACUCCGGCCAGUCAGCUGUCGACUCCCCUUUCCAGGAACUCCCCCUCCCCCGCCCCCACCAGCCCAGGUAGCCUGAACAGGAGGAGGGACUCCCAGGGUUCCUCCGACUCUGUUUCGUCCGUCCAGGCGUGUCACUCGAUGGAGGACUGUGGGGGGUCUCCCCCUGAAGCUGAGGCCCCGGUCCUUGAGAUUCCAGCUGUUCCAGCCUACAUAUCGGAGCGCUACAAGGUGGGCCGCACGCUGGGAGACGGGAACUUUGCAGUGGUCCGGGAAUGCGUGGAGCACACGACGGGGCGGGAAUACGCGCUGAAGAUCAUCAACAAGAGCAAAUGCAGGGGCAAGGAGCACAUGAUCCAGAACGAGGUGUCCAUCCUGCGACGGGUGAAGCACCCCAACGUCGUGCUGCUGAUCGAGGAGGUGGACACGUACAGCGAGCUCUAUCUGGUCAUGGAGCUGGUCAAGGGGGGCGACCUUUUCGACGCCAUCACGUCCACCAACAGAUACACGGAGAGAGACGCCAGCGGCAUGCUGUACAACCUGGCCAACGCCAUCAAGUACCUGCACAGUCUGAACAUUGUCCACAGAGACAUCAAACCAGAGAACCUGUUGGUGUAUGAGCAUGCAGACGGCAGUAAGAGCUUGAAGCUGGGGGACUUUGGCCUGGCCACGGUGGUGGAAGGACCCCUUUACACCGUCUGCGGGACGCCCACUUAUGUAGCACCGGAAAUCAUCGCAGAAACAGGUUAUGGCCUUAAGGUGGACAUCUGGGCAGCCGGAGUCAUCACGUUCAUUCUGCUGUGUGGGUUCCCUCCCUUUAGGGGAAGUAUUGAAGACCAGGAGAUUCUGUUUGAUCAGAUUCUAAUGGGACAGCUGGAGUUUCCUCUUCCAUACUGGGAUCAUGUCUCGGAUACAGCCAAGGAGCUGAUCCGGUCCAUGCUGGAAGUGGAGUCGGAGCAGAGAUACACAGCCCUACAGGUGCUGGAGCACCCUUGGGUGACGGACGAGGGCCUGUGUGAGAACGAGCACCAGCUGUCUGUAGCAGGGAAGAUAAAGAAGCACUUCAACACCGGCCCUCAGCUGGACGGCAGCUUCUCCAUGCAGAGAUCCGGCUCCUUGGACUUCUACCAGCACCCGGCCAUGUACUGGAUGAGGCCCCCGCUCUUGAUCAGGAGGGGCCGGUUCUCCGACGAAGACGCCACCCGAAUGUGAUCCCGCCGCUGCCGCAGAACGCCACGCCGACCACCGCGACCACCGCGACCACGCCCACUCCCAGCACCCCCACGACCAGGGACGCACCGCCCAAUCACAGCCCGGGGUCUCCUGCCCU